AUGAAUCCAAAACCAAACCAUGAGCCCAAUGACACAAUCACAACCGCACCCUCGAUAGAACUUGGCUCAAUUCCAGCCCCGGAAACCAAACACGAUGACCCGUUCCUAGUGACAUUCACGGAACCAUUGGAUCCCGAAAAUCCAAAAGACUGGCCAACAAGCCGCAAAUGGGCCGUGACAGAUGUCCUCUCUGCAACCGGCUUCAACCGCAUAAUGGUAUCGACCAUAAUGGCGCCUGCUCUGUCAACCAUCGCCAAAGAAUUCGACAUGUCAUCAACCGAGUCGGCUAUGGCUCUUUCAAUCUACCUCCUGGCCACUGCAUUUGGACCUUUAUUUAUUGGGCCACUGUCAGAAGUCUAUGGAAGGAGAUCUAUUCUUCACGCCUCGAAUAUAUGGUUCCUGGUUUGGAAUAUUGCUUGUGGAUUUGCUAAUAGCAAGGAGAUUUUGAUUGCUUCUCGCUUUUUGGCUGGGUUUGGGGCUAGUGCUAUCUAUGCACUUGCUAAUGGUGUCCUUGGAGAUGUAUGGCGGCCUGAACAGCGUGGGAGGUCUUUGGGCAUGUAUUUGUUGAUUCCACUUUUGGGUGCUGCCGUUGGUCCCAUAAUCGGCGGCUUCAUGGCCGGCCGCACAACCUGGCGCUGGAUGUUCUGGUCGACAUCAAUCUUCCAAGCCGUAAUGAUCUUGGUAUCAUUCACAGCGUUCAAGGAAACCCACGCGCCCUCAAUCCUACUCCAUCGUGCAAAGACCCUUCGAAAAGAAACGGGAAACUCCCAAUAUCAAACAACAGAUGAACGCCUUCACGCCAACAAAUCCCCAACCAAAAUCCUAGCCCGGGCACUCAUUCGCCCGAUCAACCUUCUAUCCUUCCACCCAAUCAUUCAAAUCACAUCCUUGAUCUCCGCCUUCUACUACGGAAUCCUCUACAUAGUCCUCUCAACAUUUUCAGAUCUCUGGAUGAAGCAAUACAAGCAAACCGUCGAGAUAAGUGGACUACACUACAUAUCCUGCGCUCUGGGCGAAAUAGCAGGAAGUCAGAUUGGUGCUAAGAUGAUGGAUGCUCUAUACCGUCGUCGGAUAUCCAAUUCCGAUUCCAACUCCAGCGAGCACGUCCCCGAAUCCCGAAUACUCCUUGUCUUUCCCGGUGCACUCAUCGGUCCUUUGGGUCUGUUCCUAUAUGGAUGGGCAGCUCAGGCACGACUGCACUGGGCUAUCGUUGACGUUGGGAUCUUUUUCGCUAUGCUUGGCAUGCAGAUUACUGGUCUACCGAUGACGGCGUAUGUUAUGGAGGCUUAUCCAGAGUAUACGAGUAGUGCUGGUGCUGCGUCGCAGUUUGUACGGAGUUUGACGGCAUUCCUUUUUCCGCUUUUUGCACCCAGGUUGUAUCAGGCUCUUGGGUAUGGUUGGGGGAAUAGUACUAUUGCGUUUGUUGGGUUGGCUUUUGGGGUUCCGGCUCCUUUGAUAAUUAUAUUUUUCGGCGGAAAGCUUAGGGCUAGGGCGAGGUCGAUUCUUUGA